AUGAAGUUAGAUUCAGGAAUAUACUCAGAGGCACAAAGAGUUGUGAGAACUCCAAAGUUUAGAUAUAUUAUGUUAGGGCUGGUGGGCGCUGCUGUGGUACCGACCGCAUACAUGAGGAGAGGCUAUACGGUUCCUGCACAUAGCUUAGACAACAUCAACGGCGUAGACACAACUAAGGCGUCUGUUAUGGGUACAGAACAGAGAGCAGCUAUGACGAAGGGUAAGAGUUUACAAGAGAUGAUGGAUGAUGAUGAAGUAACGUAUUUGAUGUUCUCUUCAAUCAUGUAA